UGAGGAUUAGGAAGAGGUUGUGGCUAAUAUGAAAGAGGAGUUCCGGGAAGGAGGAUUGGUGCUGGGAGCGCCCGAUUAUGACGCUGCGGAGACGAGACCAUUAAUUUUGGAAACUGAUGCAGGACCGACGGCCUUGGGUGGAGUUCUAAUCCAAGCAGACAUCAAGGGGAAGGAGAAGCCGUUGCGCUUUGAGAGUCGCACGCUAUGUACGUUAGAGAGAAACUACUCCCAAUUCAAGAGGGAAACUCUCGCCGUCCUUCAUUGUCUGCGGCUUUUUCGAAACUACAUCUUUGGUAGGAGGUUCAUCUUGAGGGUAGACCCAACGGCUCUGGCUUUCUCCCUGAGGAAUUAUGUUCCGUCCGAUCCAACAGUUGCCAGGUGGUUGACAUACAUCUGGAUGUUCAACUUCGAGUUGGAACGGAUCCCAGGGAACAAGAAGAGGGCAGAUGGGCUAAGUCGCAUCAACUGGGAUAGGCAGGACGGGGAAGCUGUAGAGCAUACGCCCCCUGUUGAUGGCUUUCUGGACCAGGACGAGGACAUCCGCCUCCACAUCAAUAAGUGGUCCCAACAAGUCCCCAGCUGCGUUGGCCAUCCUAUCUGGCACGCGCCUAAGGGGUAUGAGCAGAAAGCUGAGUUGGUGCUCAAGCCUUUCGAAGAGGAGGAUCCCUCGGGUGGUAAGGACGUCCAAUGGAUGACCAAGUUGGCACUCACAGGUAGCCAUUGUAUGAUGGAUGAGGUACUGACGAUAGAGAUGGGUCCGGAUAAGAUGAAACACCACGAGGAAUUAAUGGGAGGGAUGUACCUCCUCGUUAAUGCGCUUCUGCAUGAGUCCCUUGAUUUGGAAAGCUCACUGAAUCCGGCCGAAGGAAGAGAUACUGUGUUGGAGAGCCAGGAUGACGAGUUUGAAGAGGGAGAGAUCAAGGAGGCAUUCCGCGCAGAGGAGUAUGAAGGGAUUUACCUAGAGCUGGGACUUCUCUUAUCCUGCGAGAUGCGUGAUAGAGACGCAAGUCAUAGGGCGCAGAUGAUGAGGGAUCGCUACCUAGUAAGGGACGGUCAUCUCUUCGUAAGAAGGAAAGUAGGAAACCCCACGCGGGUGGUAUGUGGUCGCAACUAUCAGAUCGACGUCAUAGCAGUGCUUCAUGAUGACAUUGCAGGCGGACACCGGGGAAUUACUGCCACAUAUGCCAAAAUAAGUGAGCUAUACUACUGGGACGGGAUGAUGGAGAUGGUUGGGAAAUUUUGUCCCAUGCCAAGAGGAGGGAGGGGGACACGACCACCACGACGGCCAGCGGGAGCAUUAGGAGGACAUGGACGGCAUGAGCCUUAUCGUCGGGCAAGGACUCCAGUAUAUAACGAUGGGGAUAUCGAGUUAUUCAUGGACGAGUUCUGGGGCCACGCUGACCAUAUGGGGUGGAUCGUCACUCAGACGAUCGAGAGGUUGAGGGGAGUUGGCAGGUUUAUUGAGCCCAUUGCACAGAUUCGCAGGGGGGCUCAAACGAGGUCGGAAGUGGAGGCGCGGAUGCAGGAACUACGACCAUCGUCUGUGGGGCCUGAUGGCAGGCCUAUUCGACUGAAGAUUGGGAAUGCAGAUGACUUCAUCCCAGCAUUCGAGCAAUUCAUGCAGGACCAGGCGAUACUGCGAAGCGAGUGGAUGAUCACGUUACCCCUGUGGACCCGAAAGGCGAAAAGACCUUUGGCCAGACAGAUCAAGGAUAUGGCCCGAGAUUGGGAUGGUUAUAGAGCGCACUUGAGGGAGGCAUUCCGGCAGCCAGAACCACCUCGGCCUAGAGUCGAAAGGCGCCUCAAGAGCGGGAGGUAGAGGGAACCUGAGCCCGCUGAGGACCGA